ACGACUAUGCGAUACAUAGCCGAUCGCCGAUCACUCGCCCGUAUCGUCUGGCAACAAUGACAACGUGCCAAAAUUGCCAAACGCUAAUUCCACGCCUAUCCGUCCGCCGCGGCAUCGUUAGUAAAGUACAGCCGGAUUUUUUAUCGUUAUGUGCUGCAUGUUGCGUUUUAGAAAUUGUGCAAACGGAAACGAAUGGAAUGUCAGUCAGAUCCAGUGGAAGAGCAAACAACGCAACAGGAACCAACUGAGGCUACAGGACAAGAACUCCAACAAAGCGUCCAUGACGAUGCCGCAGAAUCGCAGCUGUGUGAAACAGAAAGCAACAUGGCAAAGGCACGACAGAAUGAAACACCUGUCAUCGUGGAAGAUGUAGAACAGACGAAAGACUCGGAUGCAGACGUACCACCACAGCAGGAGCAGCCUCUUGUUCCAUCAGCAGACCAACGGAGACCACUAGUACGAAGUGAAAGCUUAGAAACAUUGCACGGAGACCCACACGGUCCAAAUGCGUCUGACCUCGAAGAUCAUCUGAAGGGAAAGUCGCGGCUUAAAGUGCCAUUAAAGGACAGACAUCAGCUUGAGAGUCAAGAUUCAGAAGCCGACCGUAAAGUGCUCAGGAGCAAUGAUCUGGGAGAGCAGCUUCUCUGGGCAGCUGAGAAAAAUGCUGUGGAACUUGUGAAACAGUUGUUAGAGAAAGAUCCCAGUCUCGUUCACACCACAGACUCUGACCGAUACACGCCACUGCAUCGUGCAUGCUAUGCCAAUAAUGCGGAGGUGGCUAUGAUGCUGCUGAAUCAUGGAGCUAGCCUUUCUGCGCGUACAGUCGACGACUGGGAACCUCUGCACUGCGCCUGCAAUUGGGGAUCCGUGGAAUGCGCCCUCGCGCUGAUACAGUGCGGAGCAGACAUGAACAGCGUCAGCGUGGGUGGAACCACUCCUGUGCACCUGGCUGCGGCAAACCCCAGUGGGAGGCAAAUCCUGGAGCUCCUCCUGUGGAACCCCUACACCAAUGUCAAUGCCAUCAACGACGCAGGGGACACACCCUACGACGUUGCAAGGCGCCACACACCCCACUCGGACCUCUUUGAUCUGGUCGCGGAGGCAGUCAACAUAUUCUGAAUCCGCAAUGUACUUAAGGCAACUUCCUACAAGCAUGGUGGUCCCGCUGAUUGGGCUGAUGACCUGGUAACCCCCACUUACGCAUUAGUCGGAGCAAGUCUCCAGUGAAAAUCCCCUCCGCUCAUGUAAGAGUGCUGCACUUCCUUGUCACUCACACAUUAGCUGAAAAGGUAGAAACAGUGACCUCCCUGCUAUCGUAGAGCCACAACUGUAAUGAAUGGGCCACGCUGAGGUAGACUACAAAUGCACAUUGUUUGCACCAGCAUACUGCUAUUCUGUGUGCUUAUUUAUUUGUAAAUAAACAUUAUUGCUAAAAAGUAAAAUACAAUAAAAAUAGUGUGUUAUUCUCUUUGUAACAAAAUACAGCUCUGCUGUAUCUGAAAUCCAAUAAAUAGAAGUACGGGGAGCUUAUACAUGCAAAAACUACCCUGUAAAAAAAAAGUGCAACACAAAGUCGUUCUGUGAUCACUUACCUAAUUCAUAUUGUACGCACAUAUAUACUGUAUACUCAAUUCUAGGGCUUUCAGCUGCCAAUUGCUGCGUGUAAGCCUGUCUUUACCGACUGAUACAUGUGAAGCACCGCAGUAUUGUAAAAUUAAAUAUGCACCCUGCAGAACGUGACCAAACUCAAAAGUUGGGCAUCAGCGUGAAGUGAAGUUCUGCUCCAUGGUCUUGAGAUAAAUUUUCAAUGCUGUAUGAUGUUCCUGAUAGAGGCAAACAAAAGAUAUCGAAUUCACUAUAAUGGACAGAUGAAGUGUUAUAUAGCGCACGCAACUUGACAGCAUAACGUUAUAGUACCACUGGUGCCACUACAAUCCAUCCAUCCAUCCAGUACGAUCGUUCUAUCUUCUUUCGUGGUCAGUGCGAGCAUGUACACAUAAAGCCUCAAGUUUCCGGGAGAUACUUUUUUCUAAAUUCGGGGAGUAAAAAUUGGGUAAAUAAACAUGUGCACUAAAUUCAUGCAAAUUCGGGGGGAAAUCGGGCUCAGUUGCUCAGAUUAACUGUAGUGGUUUGGCACAAACAGUGAUGUAAAUGCAUUUGCUGCCAAACAAGUAAGUUAGUGCAUUCCUACAGACAUCCCAGUGAGGGCAAUCGGGCGAAAAAUUCAGGGAAGGAUCAGGUAAAACACUAAAACUUCAGGCUCUACGUAUACAUUACUGUAUAGAUAAAAAAAAUUGAACUCUUUUCAAAGGAGUCCAAGUACAUAAAAUCCGCUAUGAGCAGAUGUUCAUGUCAGUGAGAAAAGUUGAGUCUUUUCAACAAAAAUAUAUAAAAACCUGAAGCUGUGGCAGACAAGUCACUUAGAUUGCCAUUUCAACGUUGGCGUUGCAUUUAUAUAGCAGUUCGUUUACGCUGUACAUGCCAGGGUGAAGAGGAAAGCCACAAUUUCUCUUUGUGCAGCACUACAUUUACAUGCACAUGCCCUUCAAACAUAUCAUACUCUCUGGACUGCAUGUACCUAUGUUUUCAUACAUGUAAUUUAGGCACUGAUGACAACAUGCAAUCAUGAAGCACACUGAACUGCACAGUUCUCCCACUAUUUUGUUUCUAUCUUUGGACCAUUUCACCUAAUUUCGUUGUAUCAUCGGGACAAAUAUUUAUACGAAGUAUGGCUCACCUUUGGGCACAAGGCAUGAAUCACCCUUGCUAAGCUUGGUCACAAUGUUGCAACUUGUUGAUACACGCACAGGAUUGUCCAGUGCAAUAAAAAUCUGAGUGGAGAAAUAAGUUAAGUUCACUCUCGGGUAGCACGUACUAUGUUGGUGGAUGGUGAGACACUUUGACAUCUAAGGGAGUGAACUACAUAUAUGGGAUAGCACUCAUGAUAGAACUCAUGCUGUAAUAAAAAUCAAAAGCUUACAACGUUGUUGUAGAGUAAGUCUGCUGGCUCUUUAGCUUUCCCGGGGUAGAUACGAAUAAAUCCAGUGUGGCAGGACAUCAGCAAAUACUGUGUUGAGAUUUCAAACCCGUUCUCGGACUGGUCUUCCGAGAUGAACUUGUAACUCUCUGCUUUUUGUACUGUAACUGCACACAGGAAAAAAAGCGAAGAGGCAAACAUAAAAUAUCACUUGGAUAAAGGUAGUCUGCCGCUACUUCUUUCCGUUACUGCAGUCUGCAAAUACAGUUGACCCUUGUUCGUCUGGCACUGCCCCACCUCCCCCUCAUCUCAACCAAAACUCUCCCAAUAAAUGAUUCUGCAGACCAGCCAUCAGCUGUCAACGAAGCCUCUGUUUAUUUUGCAAGCCACAGGAAACUGUCCACCCUCACUUGCGUAACAUUCAGCUCUUGCAUUAUUUUGAUUAAAAAAAUGCCAAUCAGCAAUGUGCAGUAAUAGCAGACAUCACACGUUUCGGGUAAGAGCAUCAUACCCCACACAUGAAACCAUGGAAGGCAUCAUGCCAGUGCAACAUCGAGCAUGUGUGCCAGUCCCUCACCCUCCAAGGCUCCGAGAAAUUCAGCAAAAUUAUUUUUAGUAAAGGAUAAUAUGCCUAUAUAGCAUAUGUGUAAUUGGUAAUGGUUACUAUGUUAUAUGGUAUUAUUUCAUAUUAUUAUUAUUUGGUAUGUU